AUGUCGACCAACAACACCACAAUCGUAUCCGCACCGGGUAAAGUCCUUAUCGCAGGCGGUUACCUCGUCCUCGAUCGCGCAUUCUCAGGCCUAGUCAUUGCUACAGACGCUCGAUUUUAUACCCUGGUUCGAUCCAGCAACCAUGCGCGUGCCUCGCCCACUGCACCCUACAAGAUCACGGUUCGAUCUCCACAAUUCGAUAACGCGACAUGGAAUUAUUGCACCUCAUUCAACGGCACGGAUGCGCAGCUUACUGCAAGUGAAGAAGACGAGUCGAAGAACACGUUUGUAGAAUUAGCUCUGGUGUAUUCGUUGGCCAUCCUGGGCCAAUUGCUCCCCACUGAAAAGAUUGCCCAAAAGCUAGAGAGCGGACUGGAAGUCGUCAUUGCAGGAGACAACGACUUCUACUCUCAACGGAAAGAGCUUGAUGCAAGAGGACUGGUAUUGAACACGGAAUCAUUACAACAGAUCCCCCUCUUUUCAUCAACCCACACCACGCUCAGCAAAGUACACAAGACCGGACUCGGCUCCUCCGCCGCUCUGAUCACCUCGCUUGUAUCCGCCAUUUUCAUCCAUUUUGAAGCCUGCGACCUCAAAAACGGCCCCUCCUCAACCAGUACACAGUUGCUCCAUAAUGUCGCCCAGUUUGUGCACUGUUUAGCUCAAGGAAAAGUCGGAAGCGGAUUCGAUGUUUCAUCCGCUGUUUGGGGAAGUCAUACCUACCGCCGAUUCAGCCCCAAGAUCUUGCAGGAUGUGAUGAACCAAGGCGCCAAGGACAAUAUCCCUGCUCUCUUAAAGGUCCUGGAUCCAGAGCAGACAGCAUGGGAUAAUACUGUGAUUCCAUUCAGGCUGGCCCCAAGGCUCCAUCUCAUGUUGGCAGACAUUGAUGCAGGAAGCCAUACGCCCACCCUUGUUUCGAACGUGCUCAAGUGGCACAAGACAAAAUCGGAGGAGGCCAAUGCUCUGUGGACUAAGCUAGGCGCAGCAAAUGACAAUGUAGUGGAGCUGCUCAAGAGACUUGACCAGACUGCCAAGGCACAUCCUCAUGAAUACGAUGUUGCAAUUCAAAAAGUCAGCGCGAUUCCUGCCUCAGAAUGGCCCACGCUGGACGACAAGGAUGCCACCGUCGCGCUUUUGGUUCAGAUUCAUGCUGAAUUCUCGACAGUUCGCAACUAUUUGAGGGAGAUGAGUCGGCUGUCGAAAGUUCCUGUAGAACCGGAGGAACAGACACGUCUUCUAGACACCUGCUUGCAAGUACCUGGUGUUCUCAUGGCCGGUGUUCCAGGGGCUGGUGGAUUCGACGCGAUCUUUUGCAUUGUGUUGUCAGAAGAGUCUAGGAAGGGCGUCGAGUCUGUGUGGUCGAACUUUAAGGAGAUGAGCGUGGGUCCAUUGCUUUGCAAGGAGUCUGCAGAGGGUGGUCUGCUGCUGGAACUGAGCCAGGACCAUGGCAACAACAAGCCGAUCCGCAAUCAAAGUACCGUGGUCCAGCGUCUUCUUCAGCUUUAA